AAGUAAAAAUGAGUUUCACUUCUUCUUUCGCAGGGUUACAUGGAACAAGAGCUGCUGCUGUGAGUAGAAGGUCACUGAAUGAGCAGCCUGGUUUUUACACUCGUUUACCUUCGUCGGUACGGUUGAAUGAUGAGGAAGAAGAGUAAAUCCCUAAGGUAAACUAUGGCACUGUCCAGCGAUCAAGCUCCUAUAUUGAUUGAAGACUCCAGCCUGACGGGCUGGAAGGUGAUUGGCUCCGGGGGUUUCGGUCAAAUCUACAAAGCCAGGCAUCAUCAGUGGGGCUGCGAUGUGGCUAUUAAACUGCUUCAUCACGAUGAUGGGACCAGUGCGUCUUUGCUGCAUGAGAUCAACAUGAUGCGUCAAGGAAGCAGCCCGUAUGUUAUUCAGGUCCGAGGGGUCUUCAGGGGCCGACCACUCUCCUCUAGCUCGUCAACACACCUCGGUCUGGUCAUGGAGGUCAUGGAGCGAGGAUCACUGGCCUCCCUACAGGCAACCUUACGUGGAGUUCCAUCCUGGCCGCUGGUGUUCAGACUGGCUCACCAAGUGGCUCUGGGUAUAAACUUCCUCCACAGCCUGACGCCUCCACUGCUCCACCUGGACCUGAAGCCCAGCAACGUGCUGCUGGACUCCUACCUCAAUGCAAAGCUUACAGAUUUUGGCCUGGCCCGGUUUUACCACAGCGUCACGCGGGGUUCUAAGAAGAACAGUGAAGAGGAAGGUGGGACGAUCAGCUACAUGCCACCGGAGGCCUUUCAUUUGUCUUACAGCCCCACCCGAGCCUCUGAUAUCUACAGCUACGGUAUACUCUUAUGGUCCAUUGUAACAGGGAAACAACCGUAUGCACAUGCCAAGUCCAGCUUAGUGCGGCUUCGCAUCCCGGAGGGUGACCGUCCAUCGCUGGAGGAGAUCAGGGGUCAGGCUGCCGGGCUUGCAGGGUUGACAAAGCUGAUGGAGCUCAUGGAGAGAUGCUGGGACACAAGACCCAAACAAAGGCCCGUCGCCCUUGAGUGUACAACUGAGACAGAAGAACUGUAUAAGAUGCAUAAACAUGCAAUCAAUGAUACGGUCCAUGAAGUGCUGAGGAGGCUGGACCAAAGGGCCGAAGAAGAAGAAAGAAUGAUACAGCAGGUUACGGGGGUUCAUAUCACUCAGGCUUCAGGGAGUGAACGUUUUCAAGAUGUGAAUGUUGAUAACGUGCAGACAGGUCGCCCACCAAUCCAGGAAAUGGCUGGCGGUUGGACUGCAAAUCAAAGAGACAAAGAAAGAGUCAAAGAUCUGCCUUCAUCUCGACUUUCAAGCAUGCAGUAUGAUGACGUGAGCCGCCCAAUGACGGACUAUAAGGUGAAAAAGUCCUCCGUUUGCCCCAUUCGAUCGCCACCGCCGUCUUCUUCGACUGGGAGGCAUGGCAGAACAGCAAAACCUUCCCAGCACACACUUAGGCAAAACCUGUCUUCACAGUACCAACGUCAGUUUUCCAGCCCUGACACCUUCCCCUGCCAUCCUGCCCCUGCACGCGGAGUCCAAAUUCACCUCAGCAACGUAACCGGAUUUCAGCAAGGCAACAACAACACCAUGCAUAUCCAAGUUAUGGACCCCUCAGAUAGGAAACGGCACCCAACAGCGCCACCGAGAGUCAACCACCACCCGCCGCCGCAUCCAUGAAGCUGGAAGGACAGGACAGGAGGGGCUGGCUGAGUUCACAUGGACCUUUUUGAUUUUAAGUUCUCUAAUUUUCUCCUACAGUUCUCUAUACUUGGUUUAUCCUUUCUUGCACAACAGGAUGUCAUGUUUUGCAAGAGGAGCUCCCUGUAUGAAGGCGUAGCUGCCUUUUCUCUUUUUGCUUUUAAAUCUGUACAGAAUUUAGAUGUUUUAGUAGCAUGCAAGCUCUUAAAAUUAUUUUUUUUAAACUGUAUUUAUUUUGCUUCUUUUGUUAGAAAAUGUUAAACCAAUGAGCAAAAACCUCACACCUCCCUUUUGCCCUGUCAGCAGUAUAAAUGUGAGCCAAGUCUGGUCAUAUGGUUUUGCUUUUCCACCAACUGUGGUCAACAAAUAUCCACAGUCGCAGUGCCAGCUCAUUAUCAAGUGCCAAAAAUCGCCAUAGCAACAGAUUGACUAAUAAUCAAAAUAGGUCGAUAUAUUGUUUUUACUUUAGCCUCAAUGCCAGGUGCACAUAAGACCACCCUUUUGAGGUUAAAACAAUGAUCCAGGUCUGGCUACCUUCACUUGCCCUGAAAUAUUGAUCAUCAAACUAAACUGUAUAUAUGGAUGCUUGUUUUUGUACUUAAAGGACCAGUGUGUAACAAUUAGGGGGAUAUAUUGGCAGAAAUAUUAAUACAUUUUCAUUAGUGUAUAAUCACCUGAACAUAAGAGUCGUGUUUUCGAUACCUUAGAAUGAGCCGUUUAUAUCUACGUAGGGAGCGGGUCCUCUUCACGGAGUCCGUCAUGUUGCACCAGCAUGUUUCUACAGUAGCCCAGAAAGGGCAAACCGAACACUGUUAACUUUUCCUGCUUAGGCCAGAAAAAAAGCCUCUCUCUCUCUCUCUCUUGCUUCACAACUCACUUCCCAUGUACACACUUGGCUUCAGUUGUAGGGGUUUAACAAUACAUUUUUACAACGAUACGAUAUGUAUCACUUUCCGUGGUUCCGAUACAAUACAAGGACGAUAUUUGGCUCAUCUAGAGCGAUAUGAUAUGAUACGAUUCAAUGACUUGAAAUCGAUACAGUAACUUUUUUUUUGCCAAACAUUCAAUCAGUGUGACUGUGAAAUGAAUAGUUGGGUACUGGACAGUGCAGGUCAGAAUUCCUCAAAGUUUUUCUUGUAACGGGAUGAAAAUCUCUCGCUCGUUCAGCUCUUCCUCGCCAUCAGCCAUGCUUUGUUUUGUUGUCCUCUUUCUGAGAUUGGUGCUGCUGGCGCAUGUUGAUGAUGUCAUACACAGGGAGAGUGAACCGGAGUUUACAUUUCUUUACUAUUAAAAGUGCUAAAAAAAAUACAUCCAUAUAAUGUUCGUCAUGCUUAAAUACAAGGUGCAACAUUUUUGUAUCAAUACAACCGAUUAUUUACCUUGCAAAUCGAUUUUAGAUUGAUAUACGUCGCCUGUGAAGGACAACUUGCCGAGCACCUAUCGAUGUAGUUUGAUCGUAGGAAUAUAAAUCGAUACAUCGAUGUAGUAGAUGAAUGGUUUCACCCCUAUUCAGUUGGUUAUAAUCUCCUCACCGCACCACUAGAUACCGCCAGAUCCUACACACUGGACCUUUAAUGCACUAAUUUGGUUUCUUUUAUUUUAAUUUGGUUGGGUCCUUUUGUGGGUAUAUAUUUUAGAAACUCAUGAAAUGCAGCCAAGAAAAUGUUCAGAGCCAAAGAACGUCAUACAUUUCAUAUAUCUUUUCAAAUAAUUUUUUUUAAAUAAAUAUCAAACAUGAGGUUGCAUUUUAACAGAAGUGUAUAUAUGACAGACAACAUCCACAAUUUUGCAAGUGAUGUAAUGGUGCUUCCAUAAAAACUUGGCUUUUUGAAUACUUCACUCAGUAGAAGCGCGUUGUAGCUUCAAUGAAGAGUUGGAAGAAGCAUAUAUGGGUUUUUUAUGUGAUAUUUUGUAGUACGAAAAAUAAUAAUUGCUUUAUCUUAAAGGAUAAAUCUGGGAUGGGUGUAUGGGAUUUGUUGACAAUAACAAAAUAUCCCCAGAUUUAAUCCUGAAGGUACUUAAUUGGAAAUAUACAGUAAGGGAAACAUUAAGAACCUGUUGAUUGUAUUAGAUAUAAAAGUACUGUUUACUGAGAUUCAGCAUAUUAAAUUCUAUAUUUGUACUCA